AUGCCAAAAUUAAAUCCAUAUUUAACAGAAAACAAGAAACCAAUUGAAUUAGUUCAAGAAUUAAAAAAUGAAUACAAAGUUCCUAGUUUUGAGGAGUUUGCUAAAGAUUAUGAAAGUGAUGAAGUGAUAAAUGGGAGUUAUGAAAAUGAAAUUAGAGGUUAUGGUGACAUUAGUGUAGUAAAAAGUUAUGGUCCAGGAAACAGUCAAUCAGCAGAAGACACAGCAAAAUACGUAGGCAAAAAAGCCGUAAGUAAAACUGCCGGUGCCCUUCUUGAACUUGGUAAUAUUAUUAAUAAGAUUAAUAGUAGCGGAGGAAUUAACACAGAAGACUUAGACCUUAUGGAAAAGGUUAUGAGGAAUGUGGAAAACAAAGAAAAAAGUGAAAUUGCUAGUCAAUCGAGUGGUAGUGCGAGCGGGCUUCUUAAUCUUGCUAAUGAGGGUUACGAAGCACAUGAAAAAACCAAAGAAGCAGUGAAACAUACUAAGUUUUAUACUUCACUUAGCACAUCGCAGCAGAGGAAUAGAUUAUGA